CACAUCCCCCAUCCGAUUGCAGUGUAAUAAUUUACACAACUGUCAACAACAAAUAUAAAGGCUGUAAAACAUUCCAAAGAAAUUAUUUUAAUAUGUUCAUUGUGGCUGUAACUGGUGGUAUUGCCACAGGAAAAAGCACCGUGACCUCAGUUUUCGAGCGUCAUGGCAUUCCAGUUAUCGAUGCGGAUAAAAUUGCCAGGGAGAUUGUAGAACCAGGUCAACCAUGCUGGCAUAAGAUACGCGCCGCUUUUGGCGACGAAGUACUGCUGCCCAGCAAAGAGUUGAAUCGGGCUGUACUGGGACGGCUGAUCUUCGAGAACAAGGAAUUACGUGGGAAACUAAAUCAGAUUACACACCCUGUAAUACAUCGCACAAUAUUUUGGCGUAUCUUUAAGCUUUUUAUGUCUGGUCAUGCCUGGAUCGUGCUAGACCUGCCAUUACUCUUUGAGACAGGCAUUCUUAUGGAUUUUAUACACAAAAUUGUAACUGUGUCCUGUGACUCGGAUAAGCAGUUGCUACGAUUGUUAGCUCGAAAUGAGCUGUCAGAAAUGGAGGCGCGUAAUCGCAUUGACUCGCAAAUGCCGCUAGAGAAAAAAUGCGAGAAAUCGCAUUUUGUUGUAAACAAUAAUGGCGACGUGGACGAGACUGAAGCCGCUGCCAUGCGCAUUUAUACCAUGAUGCAGGAGAGCAAACAGCAUUGGUACAACCGUUUCUCGCUUCUUGGCAUAAUUUUGAUUGUAUGCAUCACAAUCAUUUUCCUAAGCACAACCUUCGAUGUGUGGCCCAAAUCCUGGCGGCUUUAAGUUUUCCUUGUGUACGUUUGUGUGUCCGUUAUUUAUUUUCUUUUAUAUGUUUAUGUAUGUUCACACACACACAAUGCCAGACACGUUAAAUAAAGACGCCUUCGCUGGAUUCAA